AUGUUGGAAUUAUUACGUAAUGCUUAUAAUAAAUGUAAAGAGUAUAUUUUGGGCUUAUCGAAAAAAUCACAAAUAUAUAAAAUAAAUAUAUUAAAUUAUUGUUUAUUAUUUUCGUUUUUUUUAUUUUAUGCAUCAUAUUUUUUUUUUAUAAAUGGAAUAAUAAAUCCAGCAGUAAAAAUUGUUUUCCAUGGAAGUAUUAUUGAGGACAAAACCAAAGUUUACGAGAACUCGAUAAUUGAAUCAAUAUGGCUAUUGUUUACCAAGGGAAGUUAUUUUAAUAUGGCCAUGCUUCUAUUCUUUUCUAUUAUAAUACCGUUUCUCAAGUUACUUAUGGUUAGUGAUAACUUUUAUAGUUUUAUCGUAUUAUAUAAAAUGAAUAAAAAACGAGAAGAGGAAAAGAGAAGGAGACGAAGAAGAAUACGUGCACGAGAAUAUAACAAUGCUAAAUAUAACAAGAAUAGAUAUAAAAUGAAUAAAUAUAAUAGAAAUAAGAAUAUUAAUGAUAUAUACAAGGAUGAUAUAUAUUAUAGUGAAAAUAUUUUUAAGAAUGAUGAGAUAAAUUAUAUUAAUACAAUAAAUGAGAAUGAAGAAUUUAUUUUAAAGAAAUUUAAAAUUUUAAAUUUCAUAUCGCGUUUUCAAUUUGUUGAUGUAUUUAUAUCUUUAUUUAUAGUAUCAUCAUUAAAUUUAUAUUUAUUAGAGGCAAGGAUGUUAAAUGGUGCAUAUUAUUUUUUGAAUUAUUGUAUGUUAUCAACAAUAUCAUCUUUUUUGUUAUUUAGUUUUACUUCUUUAAAAAUACAUAUAUUUAAAAAUGGAAAUAUUAAGAUAUCUGCAUGUCUCAAUGAAUCAAAUCUAGAGGUUACUACAAGCGGUCCCCUUUCAACAAAAGAUCUUGUCGAAGAAGAAGGACAUGCACAAAUAAAUAAUCUAAUUAUUAAUGAUAAGAAUAUGACUAGUGGUGUUGUUAAUGAUUUUUCAGGUAAUGGAAACAAUGUCGAAUUAACAGACGACCUUAAGAGUGGCGAACCCCAAAACAGAGAUGAUAUACAAACUGAAGAAACAAAAAAAGAAAAAAUGAAUACUAGAACUCAUAAUGAUGAAGAUAAUACAAAAAAAAAAAAUAUAAAGGAUAAAAAGAAAGCUAACGGUGAUGAUAAAGUAAUACAAAAAUGUAUUGAUAAUGAAAGGAAAAAAAAACAAAAUGGUAUGAUUCAAAGUGUAAACGAUGGUGAUAAAAAUAGUAAUUUUAAUAAUAACAAUAAUAAUAAUAUUAAUGGUGAUAGUAAUAAUAAUAAUAUUAAUGGUGAUAGUAAUAAUAAUAAUAUUAAUGGUGAUAGUAAUAAUAAUAAUAUUAAUGGUGAUAGUAAUAAUAAUAAUAUUAAUGGUGAUAGUAAUAAUAAUAAUAUUAAUGGUGAUAGUAAUAAUAAUAAUUAUCAUAAUAAUUAUCAUAAUAAUUAUCGUAAUAAUUAUCAUAAUAAUUAUCGUAAUAAUAAUUGUAGGAAUAAUAUUUUAGAACAAAAUAAAUGUGAUAAAAAUGUUUUGUGUUAUAAUAAUAUAUAUAAUACAAUGAAAGAUAAUGAUACUUAUAUAUAUUUAAAAAAGAAUAAAUUUAAUUCGUUAUUAAAAAGUAAUUGUAUCAAAACUAAUUUUAAUAUGAUAAAGAUAGGUUAUGUAAUAUUUUUAUUUGUGUUAUUAUGUUUAUGUAUAUAUUUAAUAACAGGAGUAGAAUGCAGUUUAUUUGGUAUAUAUAUAUAUUUGAGUUAUUUUAAUUUUAAUAUUGAAGGAAUAUUAAUUGAUUAUAUGGAUAUGUUAAAUAUUUUAAAAUUAAAAAUAAAGAAAGGAUAUAUCUAUCCUUUUUUUGUUAUGUUACCAUUUAUUUUCCCUGUAAUAAUAUCUAUGUGUUUCUUUUUAAGUGUAUUUUUUUUAAAUAUGUAUUAUGAAAGCUUUUCAAAGUUAUAUAAAAAGAUCAGUGAACUAAAGAAUGAAUUCAUAAACUCCUCAGAAAAUGACAAUGUGAACGAAAGAAUAUUGGUAUCCGAAACUUCUAAUCAUUUAUGUUUAAAUGAAAGUAACGAUAAAGUAUCUAAUACAUCAGAUGAUUUUUUAUCAAGAAAUAAUAGCAACAUAUCUAGUUCAAAAAGUGAAAUGAUAAAUUCAAAUUUUGUAUUUAAUAAACUUUUGAAUUUUUAUUUUUCAUUUGCAGUUUUCUUUUCUUAUUUAGGUUCUGCAUUUUUACAUAUAUCCUUAGGUGAAAUUAUAUGUAUCGCAUUAUUAACAUUUUAUCAAAUUGUAAAGCAUACCAAUAAUUUGAAUAUCACAAUUUUACUUAAGAGUGAGAAAAUUAAAUUUUGUAAAUUCCUUUUGUUUAUAUUAUAUGGGUUGUUAUGCUUUUCCAUAAAUUUGUAUGUAAACCAAUGGGAGGAAUAUAUAACGAAAUUAAAAAGGUUAAAAAGACGUAUUUUAUUGUUUGAAAAAAAUAAAUUUAGUGAGAUUGUGGAUCUGAAUACUCAAAAGGGUGAUGGUGACCAUUUUGAUGAAACACAAAUAUUUUCCAUAUUUUUUUCUUUUUUAAUAAAAAAAAAUGAGGGUUCAAAAAUGAGGGAUAAUGAUAUGAAUAGUGAUAGCGAAGACAGUAUAUAUGAUGCUUAUGAGCAGCAGAUACAAUUACACCAUGGUGAUAAUAUGGUCAAUGGUAUGUUGAUGAUGAGAAGGAUAUCGAUGCAAAAUUUAGAGGACGACGAAACCCAAGUUGAAUAUAUAAAUAGGGAGAUCCAUACGCAAGGUGAUUUACAUGUACGAAGAACGAAUCAAGGUAUUUUAAGAUUUAAUAUGAGAAGGGGCAAAAAAGGGUCCAAUGAAAAUAUGGGUGUCCACCAUGAGAGUGGUAAUGUGGAUGAUGCGAAUGGUAUGAAUAAUGUGGAUGAUACGAAUAAUAUGAAUAAUGUGGAUGGUACGAAUAAUAUGAAUAAUGUGGAUGGUACGAAUAAUAUGAAUAAUAUGGAUGGUAGGAAUAAUAUGAAUAAUAUAAAUAGUGUGGAUAAUAUGAACAAUUUAAAUAAUAAUGAUGGUGAAGAAGAAGAAGAAUGUGUGAACGAUGUUUUAAAUUAUGAUAAUAAUAAUUAUGCUAUUAAUGAAGAUGCUGAGGAAUAUAUAAAAAAUACGUCAGGAGAACGAGCUGUUAUUAUUUGUUCUGAAAAAAGAAUAUAUGAAAAGAACGGAAAUGGUGAUAUAAUAACUAGAAAUUAUAAAAAUGAAGAACGAUAUAUAUAUUUAAAAAAAUGGAUUCCUUUUAAAUCUAUGAUAUUGUCAAAAUUAGAAAAGAGGAAAAGGAAUAGAAAAGAGGCAUAUAAUACUCCUAGAGUAUUAAUAUUAAUACAUUCCUUUUUAUUUAUACUUAUUGUUUUCAUAUUUUUAAUGGUAUUCUUUAAAAAAGAGCCUAUUUUUCGUUUUAAUAUGCCAUCAGUUAAUAAGCGUUUAAAUAAUUUUUUUAAAUCAACAAGUUUUCACGAAAUUAUACCAAAUAGUGUAGGGAAAUGUAAAACAAAAAAAUAUAUAGCAAAAGAACCAUGUUUUAAUGUGGGUCAUAUAUACCAUGAAGAGAAGACAUUUUAUCAUGCAACUCUUUUAUUUUUACAAGGUUUAAGAUCUGUAAAAAUUAUGAAUAUGAAUUUUUAUUAUGAAAAAGGCAUAUAUUAUUUAUCUUUGGAUGGAUAUUUUAAACAUAUUAUAGGUCCUCUCUUUCUUAAAUUAUGUUUAGGUACAAACUUUUGUCCCAUAAGUACAUAUGCAUUUUUAGUAGGAAGUAAACCAACUUUCUCAGUAAAUGUUGCUGUUCAAUGUAAUAAUAAAAAACCACCAUAUUAUAUGACGGAUAUUAUUGUAAAAGAUUUAAAAAUUACAAAAAUAGAAAUAGUUAAACAUUCAGAUGUUAUCGAUAAUGUGGAUAUUAAAUUAGAUGAUGUACAAGAUAGAGUACAAGAAAAGGUUAAUGCCAUGUUAGAAGCAAAAAAAAAAAUUAUCGUCUGGAAAAAUCAAAAGUAUCAUUUGGAGGGUUUUCUCAAUUAUUUAAUAUCUAAAAAUGCAUUAUCUGGGUUUUCCUGUGAACCCAUAAAUUAUUGA